UUUUCUUCUCUACAAAACACUUUCUACGCAAUGAAUAUUCUUCCCAAAAAAAGAUGGCACGUCCGGACAAAGGAUAACAUCGCCCGGGUCCGGCGAGAUGAAGCCAAAGCAGCAGAGGAAGAAAAGGAACGUCUGCGUCGUGUUGCACUUGCUGAUCAGGAAGCACGAAUAAAUUUGCUCCGUCAAAAAGCUGGCAGCGGACAAAGAACGACGGUUGAAACUGAAACAGAAGUACAUUUAAAUCGGCAAGAACACGUCAACUUCUUUGCCGAACUCGAGGAAGGCAAACAUGACGGUGUGAAGCGCUCUAAUGUGGACCAUGAAAAGGAAAAGAAGGAAGAACAGGAGAAGUAUGAAAAACAAAUCGGCUACCUAACGUAUCUUGGCCAGGAUACAAACGAAGCGCUAGGCAAACGGGACUGGUACGAUACGGCACCGAAACGAAACGAUAAUCUCGACGACCACGGAAAGCCUAUCGAGGUGGGUUUGAAAACAAAAAAUUAUCAUGAUCCUUUAAACGUUAUUCGAAGGUAUGUGCCGAGCACGACGUCUGCACUACCGUCUGCCGCUGCAAGUUCUAAGCAAGCAGAAUCGGCCACGGCACCAGAUAAAGCUCAAUCAGUUUCUUGCGUAAUACAAUCCAAAACACAUUAUGAACCGUUGGUUGGGCGGACUAGUAGCAAAGGAUCACGCAAGCGGAAAGCAAGUGAGAGUUCUACCGAGACAUCUAGUAGCUCAAAGAGACACAAAAAGAAACAUAAAAAGCACAGUGACAGAAAGAGGAAAAAAGAUAAGCGCAAGAAAAAGAAGCAUAAAAAAUCCAGCUCUGAGGAUGAGACGGACGAAGAAGCAUUGAAAGCUAAAAAAGCACAACUGGAGCAAAUGCGAAAGCAACGAAUAGCACGAGAACGAGAGGAGAAGGAACGGACGGAAAGGAUGCUGGCAAAAUUACGAGGCGAUCCGGAACCGGCACCGAAACAACGCUUAGAAACGCCCCAACAAGCUGUACCUCGUCAGAAGUACAACUCACAAUUUAAUCCAGAACUUGCAAAGCAAAAUUAUGAAUAAAU